AUGGCGUCAUUAGGUCACCUGCGCCGUGCGCUUAUCUUCUCCGCAGCCUUCACCCUUCUCCUUCCCCCCACCGCCGCAACCACUCAGUCGUACGCCAUUGCCCGCGACAAGAACCUACGCGGAGGAGCCGUUCAGCAUAGCAGCACACCAGACUCUCCAGACGGCUUCGGGCAUGCAUCGUCAGAUUCAGAUGAUAGCUACAGCUCGGGGUCGCCUGGUGCGGAAAACGCGGAGGUUCAGGCGGCGAAGAGAGUUUCUGCAGCGGAUGCGGAGGCGGCGGAGGCGCUAGCGGCGUACGAGGAGGCGAAGCGCGCCCUCGCGUCGCAGAAGAUCGAGCAGGAGGAGAUGCGCAUCCGGGCGCUUGAGGCGCGGCAGCAGCAGCGCGACGAGGCGCGCGAGCAGGCGGAGCUGGACGCGGCAGUCGCGGCGGCGGAAGCGGAGCUCCAAUCCGCUGAAAAUUCGCUCAAAGAAGCGCGGCAGGAGCGCAGCGCAAACGCGUCGGCAGGCGCCGCCAGCGCGGUUGACAGAGCCGCGCAGCGGAAGUAUCAGGUAGCGCGGAAGCUUUCCGCCGCGCGCGCCGAGGCGCGCGGGAACCGUCCGUACCUGCAGGAGAUGGAGGCGAACGUGCGGGACUUCGAGGGCACGUUCGUGAUGGCGGCGCGGGAGGCCGGAAUGGCGGCAGUGCGGGUGAAGGCGCUCCGGGCGGAGAUGAUUGAGAAGAUGGAGAGGGCGGCGGAUGCGCAAUCUGCCUUGGUAACACUCGUGAGCGGCGCUACUCCUGUACCGAUACCGACUUCUGCUAUUAGCGAGGCCACAGAGUCUUCUCCUGCCGCCGACCGAGCUGGCUCAAUUCAAGCCGCGACAGAAUCGAUAAUUACAAUUCCGCACCACGUCAUCACCAGUUUCAAGAUACCAGCAGGGAACGCGGAUCCCGUGGCCUUGCUCCGCCAAUUAAAAGCAGCGGCGGUGGCGGCAAAGCAGCUCGCGUACGUGGCGCGCCGCGACCUGGAGGCCAUGGAGAGGAACCUGCGAGACGCGGACCGCAAGGUGGACGGGGUGCACGAGAAGAUUCAACUCGCCAAGAAGCGCGCCGAGCUCUUCGCGGCGCGAGCCCGUGAGCAGCAAGCGGUCGCGGAGGAAAUGGCGGCGGCUGCUGCCGCGGCGACGAAACGCGCGUUUGAAAAUCCAAGCCCCGACGCUGCUCGGAUCCGAGCCUUCGAGGCGAAGAAAGAGGCUCGGGAAAAGAGGCAGGAGCAGGAGAAUGUCGAGGGAGAGGCGGAAGAAGCGGAUUUCCAGGCGAGAGAGGCGGAGAAAGACGUGCGUCAAGCUAAAGAGCGAGCAGCGCAGAUUGCGGAGCUGCUAGUGGAGCAGCGGAAGGUGGCGGAAGAAGUGGCGGCGGAGCGGGAGGUUGCGCGCAAGCGCGCGUACGUGCGGGAGUCGGAGGAAGCGCAGCAGGCGUUGGAUCUCGCGACCGCGAGUUGGUGA